UCGCGAACGGUUGCCGAGAUAGGCGGUCGCCGGUUUACAGUUGGCCAUGGGACCGGGCGGGAAGCUCGGGGUGAGGUGGGGGGAAUGGACGGAGGCCGUAGUCCCCUUCUGACAGCCGGGGACGUCCAUGACUGAGGAAGCAGAGGGACUCACCACAAGGUGUGCCGAGUGCCGCCCGAGACUCCCAUCGCGCCGGGACUAAACCGUCUUCAUUCUCGUGCAGGGGAGGCUGUUUUCGCCGAACGCGCGUUUCGGCAUCUCUCUCAGCCGAUGCCUAUAUCACGUCCGGAUUUGGCUCCCGGGCUGUGCCUUUUCCGUCGGCGGGGCUGCGAGGGUUUUGCAAAAGUUGCCUUUUGCACCUCUUCCUCCUCCCCCGGCCUCCCGGGCUGCUUUCCACCAUGUGCGCCAACGUCGUUUACGAAUGGUUGAAGACCCUGAAACUCACCCAGUAUGCCGAGUCUUUUGUGGAUAAUGGCUAUGACGACCUGGAGGUGUGCAAGCAAAUCGGGGAGCCGGACCUGGAUGCUAUUGGGGUGUCGCUGCCCCAGCACAGGCGGCGUCUCCACGAAGCGGUGCGGAGGCUGAAGGAGGAAGACGAGACCACCGCCGGCCUCUACUUCACCUUGGAGCCGCAGCCCCCUCGCCGGGGUUCGCCGGGAUCUGAUAGCUACACCGGCCGCCUGUUGGAGCCGCGCGAAGCCAAGACGUGGAAGGACCCACCUCGGCAGACGCCCCCGCUGGGUCACUCUUGGGGGGCGUCGCGGAAAAUGGAACUCAACUCCAAGGAGUUGAUCACUUACCCCAAACUCAGACUGAAAAUAAUGAUUAGGGAUAAACUCAUCCGGGACGGCAUCACUCUCAGCAAGCCCCCUUAUUCCAGCAAG